AUGAUGAGCGGCAAUUUAUUUCAAUUUGAAGAAUAUCAACAGCAAGAACAGCAACAUCAACAUCAACAAGGAAACAUGACGAUUGAUCCAACUGUCGUCGGUGAUAUCAAAGAUUAUUUAACAUGUGAUUUGAAACUAUCAGACACAGCGUUCAAUGAUUUCUUCUCGGAAUUCGAUAUCAGUACAAAUGAUUUUCAAUAUUUUGAUCCGUCGACAAAUACUACUACGACUUAUUUACAACCACCUCCUAUUGAAUUACCACCACCCUCGUAUGAUGCAACGGUACUCCCUACAGCAUCGGACAAAAUAACGCAAAAUAGCAAUGUUCAAACGAGGGAAGCACCGGUGGAGGAGUACAUGUCAUCGGGUACAUUGCAAACUUUAAUUGAACAACAUCAAGCGCAUCAAUCGGUGAUGAAAUAUUCAUCUUCGCCACCACCUCCUUCGACUCCGACUUCAUCAAUGUUAUCUGUGGGUAUCUCGGAGUAUCAAAGGAACAAAAGUACAUCCGGAAGUAAACCGACUUCAUCAAAACGGUCUCGCCCAUCACAUCCUGCUCACCUGCCGAAGUUAAUUAAAAAGCCCGAACCUAUUCCGGUUACACUAGAUCAAUUUCAAGCUUUAAUCUGUUCCGCGCCCGAUACAUCCACCUCGAAUGUUGGCUCCUUUUCAAGCCUUCUUGAGAACAGUACGAUCAUUGGAAAUAAUAUUCCUUUGAAGAUCGUCAAUCAAAACAGUCAUAUGAGUAAUAAUAACAAUAGUUCAGAUGAAGGCAGCCGACAUGACUCACCAUCCAACAGCCACAUGGCAACAAGCACACAUGGUGGUUUCGGUAAUGGUACCGGAGGUGGCCGUGUCCGACGAAAAUCAUCGCACAAUGCGAUUGAGAAACGGUAUCGUUCGAGCAUCAACGAGCGAAUACUUGAAUUAAAAGAAAUUGUUGCGGAUACUGAUGAAAAAGUACAAAAAUCUGGUGUACUCCGACGAACAAUUGAAUUUAUUCGACAACUUCAAACAACUAACCGUCGAUUAGAAGAAGAAAACAACACGUUGAAAAUUAUUCUCAAACGAUUGAAUUUAACCAAUGUUGAUGUCUCGCCUGUUAAUGAACUAUCUCCGCCGGAACGAAACCCAUCAGUGAAAAAUCCGACGACACCACCCUCAUCUCAUAGUGAUUCGAGCGAAUCAAGUUUCAAUUCAAGUGACGAUGCGUACAGUCCGGCUCCAAAACGACAAAAACGUACGACAAGCAAACAAGGCAUGGUCAAUGGAUCUCGUUUGGUCUUAUGUUGUUUUAUGCUAUGCGUUCUGAUUACUAAUCCAUUCAAUUACUUAUUGAAUCUAAUCCAUGCAUCAGAUUCUAAUGAUUUAGCAGAAACGCAAUCGAUUAUUGGUUCGCGGACAUUACAAUCCGCAAACAACAAUGAAAAUCUGCAUUCGUCAACGUUUCUAAGUACGUAUUGGCGACAAUUAGUAGCAUGGAUGUUAAAUCUUGGCAUAUGUCUUGUCUGUCUGGUGAAACUAUUUGUCUAUGGCGAACCCAUCGUUCCGGAAUCAGAAAUGCAUGAAUACUAUGUUUAUAAGAAAAAAGCAGAUCAACUCAUGGCAGAAAAUCAAUUAACCGAAGCGAGAAUAUAUUAUCGUCAAUGCUGCGAGAAACUCUACGUUACAAUCGAUAAUACACUUUUAUAUUAUCUCUCAUCGAUCACAUGGCAAAUGACGCGUUUCUGUGUUAACUUAAUCGUUCUCGGUCGAUGGUUAAUCUUCUGGUCUGGAUGGACUAAAUCCAUCGAUACACGUGAUUACAAUCGUGAAUUAAACGAUUGUCUUUUGCAAUUAUGGAAAAUCGAAUAUCAUUCACCGUCAUCGUCAUUGGCUUUGUUCAAUUUAUUCCUUUCCACGAUCAAUACAUCAAUGAACGCCGGAAAGAAACUAGACAUGAGAAAACAUAACGAAAUUUACUUUCUUUCCGCAUUGACGUUGAACAAAUUGGGCGGAAUCUUUUCGAUUUUUAUACCGUACGUUUUGAAAUGUUUUUGUAUUGCCGAUAUAAAUGAUAUCUGGCUGGCUGAUGUCGAGCGAAUCAAUGAAUUUUUAUUUGAAAAACAGUCCAUUCGAAUUCAACAAACUAAUUUUCUCGAAUCAAUACGUUUACAAUACUUGGAAUACCUUCUCUAUGAUAAUAUUCACAAUCAACUUUUACUACAAGAUGAUCACCAAGCUCAACAACAACCGGCAGUCGCGAUUAAAAACCAACAAGAUUUGGAUUUGUUCUCCUGGUGGCAACAUAGUUUACAAGUGGUACGUUGUAUUUCAAACGAUAAAUUGUGCAUCGAUGAUGUCACGUCCAGUGAUGUUCUUCGGCAAAAUGGAGAGACGAUUUAUGAAAUGGCGCGUGCGAGAAAUAUCGUUGAUGAGCGAUAUAUUUCCAUUAUCGAAACAAUUCAUAGCAUUCUUUUGGUGUUGAAUGAUGAUGAUGAUCAAUCGAACAGCACGCGGGUAUCUUUAUUGGAACAACUGGGCCAAUCAAGUCGAAUGAUACUUUCGAUGAUUGAAAAUUCGAUUCACAAUACGACAGACAACGAAGAAAAUCUUGACGUGGCGAUUCAUACCUUAUUACUCGAUGGCAUUCUCGCAUUACGUCUUCGACUUCUAACGAGCACAAUGUCAAGCAAUGAGAAACAAACUCCAUAUCUACAUGAUUUUCAACAGGAAUUGGAUAUCUAUCGACAAUUGAAUCGUAUGAUGAAAUUGCCGAAGCAACGACUUUAUCUAUUCGAAUCAAUCUUUCGUGUGUCAUCCGGUUUGAAUCCAAUAGCGACCCAAACAUUAUUUGAACGUGCACUCAAACGAGUAAACUCAACAAAAGAAGAACUCCCUCCUAAUCUUGAUAUCAUCGCUGCACUUUUACUAUUCUGUCAUUUCCUUCCGUCAACAAUUUAUCAUUAUCGCACACUUCUUCAACAAGCUGCUAAUCUCUCGACACCUCCAUCCAAGAAAAAUAACGAUCUUUAUCGUUUACGACAGCAAUGCUUAACGCUAAUCCGUCAGCCGUACUUGACCCUUUGA